UCUAACGUACAUUUGACUUGAAAAAGGAUAAAAUGUUUCCAAAGUUUGUUACAGCAAUUGUCAUAUUUAUUACAAUUUUUCGUUAUAGUGUUUCUGAACCGCAUUGUUCUAAGUUCCACUACGAAGAGAAGCUAUUAGAAAAAAUGAUAAGACUUGAAAUCUUUGUGGAAGCAAUGAAAAUGGAAAUUGACGAGUCUCGGAAACAAGUAACGACAACUCUUGGUAAUCUACAAACAGAAAGAAGCAGCACAUGGGAGAAGACACUACUGACCGUGAAAGAAACAGGCGUUACAACUUUAAACUCUGUCAUUCAAGAGACAAAAACACAAGUUCAAGAGGAACUGAAAGUACUAGCAGCCGAGAAAGAAAGAUGGAAUAAAGGACUAAAGGAGUGCGUGAAAAUGCCAGAGGUCGUUUUAUUCUCUGCAAGACGUCCAAAACAGUCUACAGCGACAAGAGGACAAACAAUCAUUUUCACAGAGAUCAUCUUAAAUAAAGGUGACGCUUACAACAAAGAGAAUGGUGUAUUUACCGCUCCUUAUACUGGUGUUUAUACAUUUACUGUACAAUUCUGUGUCUAUCCUGGAAAGUAUGUUGAUUUUGCCUUCAUGGCCAAUGACAAGCCUUUUAAGAUAACACGGAUAAAUAGACACAGUGCUAGCUAUUUUUCCUGCUACAGCUCUGAUGCCAUGACCAUUGUUGAUAAGAAUGAGAGUGUGAAAAUUCAGAUUGUAUCUAGCUCUGGUUCGGGAAUCUUAUUGGGUGAGAGCGAUACUAAUCACUGGAACAUAUUCUCUGGUCGUUUUAUUCAGGCGAUUUAGAAGAACAUUGCUUUAAUAGCAACAACAAAGCCAUUAAGACAUUUAACAAUACAUGUAUAAUUUCCUCUUCAAAUAGGAAAAACUGUUUUACAAGGAAUGCGCAAAUCAUAUUUGAAAUAUUUGAAAACCUGACAUUUUUUAUUUAUAGUAGAUAUUUUCGUAAUUAUCAUGUUUAGGAAAAAGUAUGAAAAUGAUUACACAUUCUGUUACAAAUUCAAACUUUUCAAAUAUGUUAAGAAGUUAAUCAUAUUUAGGGUCUAUCCUUGGUAUUACUUCUAAAACUAUUUUCGGUCAGUAUGAACUGUCAGGUUGGUUUCCUUAUACGUGUUAAUAAACAAAUAUGGAAACAGCACCUCAAAGGACAAAGCUAGAUAUUAAUCUUUACCUUUCUAUAUUUCUAAAAUGGACUGCUCCAUCAUUCAAUUUGGACAGUACUACUUAUUGUUCAAAGGAGUGUUCACUGAAAAUUUACUGACCGAAUGGCAAACAGUGCAGACUAUGGUCGCAAAAGCAAAAUCACUUACCUCUCUUUAAACGCUCACAAUACCAUUCUUUAUAAUCUGACUGCCAUGUAAUUCCUCUUUUCAGUAAUUGUUUGCUCCAAUAUCUGUCAAUGGUUUGAGUACUUAUAAAAGCUACUCGCCCACAGAUUGGGUGAAAUAUUUCAACAUGUUCGUUUCCAUUAAGUUUGACUUAGAAUGUAAAUCUUUGCAUUCGUUCAAAAGCGUU